AUGGCUCAGGGCGACUCGGCAAGGGUGCAGGAAGCCCAAAAGCUGGCGAAAUCGAACCCUCGCGAAGCGGAGCAGGCCUACCAAGAGAUCCUGUCGAAACCGCCAUCUGCGACGUCCGAUGCCGCCAUUAAGGAGUACGAAGCGGCGUUGAUAAGCUUGGGCGAGCUGUACCGGGAUGAGAAGAAUGCGCAAUCGCUCGUGGAUUUGGUGACGACAAGCAGAACGACCCUCUCAUCGUUCGCCAAGGCAAAGACGGCAAAACUUGUCCGCCAGCUCCUUGACCUUUUCGAUGCCAUUCCCAACACCACCGACACCCAGAUCGCCGUCACCAAGUCAUGUAUAGAGUGGGCGACCUCUGAGCGCCGGAGCUUCCUGCGCCAGAACCUCGAGACCCGUCUCGUCACCCUCCUCAUGGCCAAGCAGUCCUACUAUGACGCCCUCACCCUCAUCAACGGCCUGCUGCGCGAGCUCAAGCGUCUCGACGACAAGCUUGUCCUCGUCGAGGUCCAGCUUCUCGAGUCGCGCGUCUACCACGCCCUCGGCAACAUCCCCAAAGCCCGCGCCGCCCUGACGAGCGCCCGAACGAGCGCCGCCUCGGUCUACACGCCGCCCCUGCUGCAGGCCAACCUCGACAUGCAGAGCGGCAUGCUCCACGCCGAGGACAAGGACUUCAACACGGCCUUCUCCUACUUCAUCGAGGCCCUCGACGGCUACCACACGCAGGACGAGCCCGUCAAGGCCACCGCCGCCCUGCAGUACAUGCUGCUCUGCAAGAUCAUGCUCAACCUCGCCGACGACGUCAACAACCUCAUGGCCUCGAAGCAGGCCCAGAAGUACGCCGGCCAGAACCUCGAGGCCAUGAAGGCCAUCGCGCGCGCCCACUCGAACCGCUCCCUCGAGGAGUACGAGCGCGCCCUGACCGCGUACCGCUACGAGCUCGGCUCCGACGCCUUCAUCCGUAACCACCUGCGCCGCCUCUACGACGCCAUGCUCGAGCAGAACCUCAUCAAGGUCAUCGAGCCCUUCUCCCGCGUCGAGAUUGACCACAUUGCCAACAUGGUCGGCCUCGACACCCAGCAGGUCGAGCGCAAGCUCUCCCAGAUGAUCCUCGACAAGGUCAUCAUCGGCGUGCUCGACCAGGGCGCCGGCUGCCUCAUCAUCUUUGACGAGACGCACCGCGACGAGUCGUACGACCACGCCCUGGCCACCAUCGAGAAGCUCGGCGGUGUGGUCGACGUGCUCUACACGAACCAGGCCUCGCAGCUGGAGUAG